CAGCCAGGCUGGCGCGUCACGUGGCCGAGCGGCGACCUGGGCGCCGAGCCGCGGGCAGACACGGAUGGACUCUCCGACCGCCGCGGCCCAGGCGUUGGGGGCCGCCGAGCAGCCGCGGGGCCUGCAGCUGCCGAGCGGGCGGGAGGUGCCCCCGAGUCCGGGGGCUGCUUUUGCCCCAGCUGACCACUCCAGUCAGGAGAGAGCAACCGAGAACGCCACAGAUCGACUAGCCAAUGGAGCACAGAGCAUCCCUCACGAUAGCCCUGCCCAUGGUGACGGCACCCAUUGUGAAGAGGAAGGCUUUGCUGAAGAUGACGAGGAUUCUGAUGGGGAACCGAGUCCCUGGGAGCUGUCAGAAGGAAUGUCUGGCUGUCUACCCAAGGAACAGGCUGGUGAUCUUUUUCACGAGGACUGGGACCUAGAGUUGAAAGCAGAUCAGGGGAAUCCAUAUGAUGCUGACGACAUCCAAGGUUGCCUUUCUCAAGAGGUCAGACCCUGGGUGUGCUGUGCCCCACAAGGAGACAUGAUCUAUGACCCCAGUUGGCACCAUCCGCCUCCACUGAUACCCCAUUAUUCCAAGAUGGUCUUUGAAACGGGACAGUUUGAUGAUGCAGAAGACUGAGGGUGUCACUUUGGCCUGGUGGGUGGGUAGAUGGGCCGCUGAGGUCAAGGUCUCCUUUCUUUGAGGUGUGAGAGGUCACAUCUAGGGAAACAUUCCCAGUGAUCCCCCAGUUGGGCAAACGGACUGGUGUUAAGUAAGGUCCUGAGUGCCCUGGCUCUGUUGUUGUUGUUUUUAUAAGCUCCUCCUUGGAACGUGUGUUUAUGUCUGUGUUGGGGGGAGGAACCGUGUUCUUUAUAAAUAAAAGAAGAAAAAAGUCA